UUCUUUUUUUUCAUAAAGAAAAGAAGAAGAGAUAGAGGAAAAAAGACGAAAUAAUAUAUAAUAAUAGAAUAUUAUUUAUACUGUGAUAUAUAGCCAAGCAUUGUUUUGUGUCUGCAAACCAGUAAUUGGACAAACGAAUCAGCAGUAAACAAGAACCAGCAGCAAACCAAUUGCGACAACAACACCACCAGCAGCAGCAGCAACAACAAGAGGAAAGUCAGCCAGCAACAGCAGCAGAAGCAGCAUUACAAUGCCACUCUUUGGUAAAUCACAGAAGACGCCUGCCGAAUUGGUCAAGUCGCUGAAGGAGGCGAUAAACGCACUGGAGUCGGGUGACCGGAAGGUGGAGAAGGCCCAGGAGGAUGUUAGCAAAAAUCUGGUAUCGAUCAAGAAUAUGCUGUACGGCAGCAGCGAUGCGGAACCGCCAGCGGACUAUGUCGUUGCCCAGCUGUCGCAGGAGCUGUAUAACAGUAAUUUACUGUUGCUGCUCAUACAGAAUCUGCAUCGGAUCGAUUUUGAGGGUAAGAAGCAUGUGGCGCUCAUAUUUAAUAAUGUGCUGCGCCGGCAGAUUGGCACCCGAUCGCCCACAGUUGAAUAUAUAUGCACGAAACCGGAAAUAUUAUUUACACUGAUGGCCGGCUACGAGGAUGCGCAUCCGGAGAUAGCCCUCAAUUCGGGCACAAUGCUGCGCGAAUGCGCACGCUACGAGGCGCUGGCAAAGAUCAUGCUGCAUUCGGAUGAGUUCUUUAAGUUCUUCCGGUAUGUGGAAGUGUCCACGUUCGACAUCGCCUCCGAUGCCUUCUCCACGUUCAAGGAGCUGCUGACACGCCACAAGCUCUUGUGCGCCGAAUUCCUGGACGCCAACUAUGACAAGUUCUUUGCCCAGCAUUAUCAGCGACUGUUGAACUCGGAGAACUAUGUGACACGACGCCAGAGUCUGAAGCUGCUCGGUGAACUGCUGCUGGACAGGCACAAUUUCACAGUAAUGACGCGAUAUAUAUCGGAGCCAGAGAACCUGAAGCUGAUGAUGAACAUGCUCAAGGAGCGAUCGCGCAACAUACAGUUCGAGGCGUUUCAUGUCUUCAAAGUGUUUGUCGCGAAUCCGAACAAACCGAAACCGAUUCUGGACAUCCUGCUGCGCAAUCAAACGAAACUGGUCGACUUCUUAACCAGCUUCCAUACGGAUCGAUCCGAGGACGAGCAGUUCAACGAUGAGAAGGCCUAUCUGAUCAAGCAGAUAAGGGAGCUGAAACCGCUGCCCGAGGCUUAGUUGGCAGCGGCAGCGGCAACGAGAACGAGAACAAGAGCGAGAACAUUUUGGCCUUGGCUGUAUGGCAGGAUGACGAUAGCGAAGACGAAAGCGGGACAACAGACAAAGGACGUACAACACAUACAUACAUGCAAUAUGUUGUGUGUGUGUGCAGGGCGUGGUGUCCAACACCAAGGGUUAACCACAACCAAAUGCAAAUGCAAUUCCAAUACACACACAUAUUUGUGGACAAAAGACGAUGACAAAAGACGAUGACGAUGACCGAUGACAGAUGACUGAUGACCGAUGACGACAGCACUUGUGAGUAACUAAACAAUAAUUUAGACAAAGCAAACAACAAAAUGAUAACGAUAAAUAACGAUAAAGCAAAAUACAUAAGUAGUAACAAACAAGUACACACAUUAUAUUGUAUGUAAUAGCGUAAAGGAUUAAAUGCAGCCGCAGCAUGUUGCGAAUUUAACUAAAAAACAAAAAAAGGAAGAAACUAAACAAAACAAAAACACACACACAUUAAACACACACUACUUUAUUUACUUUCUCCCUUCACUGAGAAUAUAGCAUAUAGCAUAUUCGCUCCAGCUUCCGUCUAGUUCGCUUUUCAAAUUGUUCAGAGUUCGGUUUGUUGUUGUGGUUCCAGUUCGCGAUCCUCGUGCGCUUGUAGACGUAUAUAGACCUAUGUAUGUACACCUCUACCUACCUACUGUUACUAUUACUUUGCGUAAACGGUUUAUUAUUAUUAUUUCCUCUUCUAUUUUUUUUUUUCUGUGUAUUUCUUUUGCCUAUUUAAAUAGUUGUUGUAUUGAAAUUGAAGCGUUUUUGAAACGUUAUAUCCAGGACAAUGAAGAUAAUAUGAGUUUUGACUUACAAUUUAGACAUUAAACAUUUCAAAUGUGCGCCGAAAUUAACAAUUACGGUAAAUUAUUAUUAUUAAAUAUGUAUGAAAGAAAAACCAAUUGUAAUUUCACCUAAAAACUUCAUUCAGAAUACUGCAUAAUAAUUCUAGUUAUAAUUGAAAAAGCAUUCAAAACACACACACAUACAUAUACACACUCCACACCAAAACACACACCCACACAACUACACACUAAACAUCCAUACGUACAUAGUAAAAAAAAGGGAAGUAAAACAACAACAUUACGAGCAGCAUAAUAAAUAUAUUAUUAUUAUAAUUUAUAUUAUUCCCAAAAUUAAAGAUAACAGCCAAACAAAAAAA